UCAUGGCAUUAGCAUUUACUAAAUACUAUACUACUUCACUAAGAAACUCCUCACUUUCAUCACUUCAUGUCUCUAUGAACCUAACCUUAAUGAUCAUGCCUCAUCUUCUACUCUUGUUGAUCUUUAUUCUGCUGCUAGUGUUCAUAGCAAGGAUCACAUACUCAAUCAUUUGGCUUCCAUGGAUCAUUUCUCGUCACUUUAACAAACAAGGCAUAAGGGGUCCUCCCUACCGUCCAAUUAAAGGAAAUGCCGAUGAGAUCCGCUGUAUGUUCACGGAAGUUCAAUCCCAGCCAAUGGAUUUAUGCCACGAUAUUGUUCAGCGUGUGUGUCCAUACUAUCAUAGGUGGGCUUCCGUGUACGGGAAAACUGUCCUCAGUUGGUAUGGGCCGAGGCCCCGGCUGAUAUUAUCCGACCCGGUUAUUAUUAAGGAGGCACUUUUGAAAACGGGUGAAUGGUUCGAGAAGAUAGAUCCGAAUCCGUUGUCGAAACAGUUUUAUGGAGAAGGAAUUCUAUUCUCAAAGGGAAAGAAGUGGACCAUUUAUAGAUCAAUUGCUAAUCAUGCUUUUAAAGUGGAGAGGAUUAAGUCUUGGAUUCCCCAAAUUAUAGAUACAACCAAAUUAAUGUUUUACAAGUGGGAAGAUGAGAACAAUGGCAAUGAAGAAUUUGAGAUUGAUGUGAAUAAAGAUCUACAAAAUCUUUCAGCUGAUAUUAUAUCUAGAGUUGCUUUUGGAAGUAGCUAUGAAGAAGGGAAAGAGAUUUUUGAUUUACAAGAUCAACAUUGUCAUCUUGCCAGUCUUGCUCAAAGAAGUGCUUAUUUUCCUGGCUUAAGGUAUGUACCUACCAAGAAUAACAGAGAAAGAAAGAGAUUAGAAAAGAAAACUCGAGAACUAAUUCAAGUGUUGAUUGAAGAUAACCAUAAAGCAGAAAAUAAUUCAGAAAACUUGCUUUCUUUAUUGAUGUCUCCUCACAAAUUUAUCAACAAUGAGACACAAAGGUUAGGAAUGGAUGAGAUUAUAGAUAAUUGUAAAAAUUUCUAUUUGGCAGGAAAGGAAACAAGUGCCAAUUCAAUAAGUUGGGCAAUCCUACUUUUAGGGAUGAAUCAAGAAUGGCAAAGUAAGGCACGUGAGGAGGUACUUGCUGUUUUAGGACAUCAUACACCCCCAACUGCUGAAACAUUAAGUGGCCUCAAAUUAGUGAACUUGGUAAUUCAGGAAACACUUAGACUUUAUCCUAUAGCAGGGAUAUUGGUGAGACAAGCAAGUAAAAGAGUUAACAUUGGGAACAUUGAUAUUCUUGGUGGCACACAAUUAUACAUGUCUAUAAUUUCAGUUCAUCAUGAUACUAAAAUAUGGGGAGAAGAUGCUCUUGAAUUCAAUCCUAUGAGGUUUACAAACACCAAAAGUCAUUCAUCAUCUUCAUAUUUCCCAUUUGGAUUUGGCCCUAACUAUUGUGUAGGUCAAAAUUUAGCCAUGAUUGAAAUCAAGAUUGUUCUUGCAAUGCUUUUGCAGAGAUAUUAUUUUUAUGUUUCACCAACCUAUGUUCAUGGACCAAUGCUAGUGAUGACUGUGUCACCUCAAUAUGGCAUGCAAAUUAUCUUUAAAAGACUAUGAAAAUUAUUGUAUGUGUGUAGAAUAUGAUCAUUUUCUUGAUUG